GGUGUUGUAAAGUGAAGAGAAGGUUUACGAGGAGCGGUAGGACACUCAUAUUCAUCAGUUGGAUUCUCAUGAAAUGUUAUCAGGAUGAUUGAGAUAUCGAGCAGAAUGUGAAUGCGAGGACAGAACACAUCAUGUUGGACAAAUAUAUCCGCCAGCGCGGUGAUGGCCGGGCGAAGGUGACCCAUGCUGUGGUGGUGAUUUUCCUGGAGUUUUUCGCCUGGGGUCUCCUGACCACACCAAUGUUGACAGUCCUGCGUGAAACCUUUCCACAGCACACGUUUCUCAUGAACGGCCUGAUUCAGGGUGUGAAGGGUUUUCUGUCGUUCAUGAGCGCUCCUCUCAUCGGUGCUUUGUCGGAUAUUUGGGGCAGAAAAAGUUUUCUGUUGCUGACAGUGUUUUUCACCUGUGCCCCAAUACCACUCAUGAGGAUCAGCCCGUGGUGUUUUUUUGCUCUGGUGUCAGUGUCUGGACUUUUCUCUGUCACAUUUUCUGUUCUAUUUGCAUACGUGGCUGAUAUAACAGAAGAGCAGGAAAGAAGCACAGCGUAUGGACUGGUUUCCGCGACGUUUGCUGCGAGUUUAGUGACGAGUCCUGCGAUAGGAGCGUUUGUGUCUGUCAAGUAUGGAGACAGUCUGGUGGUUCUUCUCGCCACCAUCAUCGCAGUGCUGGAUAUUCUCUUUGUUCUGCUGGUGGUCCCCGAGUCUCUGCCGGAAAAAAUGAGAUUAUCAUCUUUGGGUUUUCCUAUCUCCUGGGAGCAGGCUGAUCCGUUCGCUUCUUUGAGGAAGGUCGGCAAAGACUCCACAGUUCUGCUCAUCUGUGUCACAGUUUUCCUCUCGUAUCUCCCGGAGGCCGGACAGUAUUCCAGCUUUUUCCUCUAUCUGGGACAGGUUAUAAACUUCUCCUCUGAGGCCAUCGCAGGCUUUAUCGCAAUGGUUGGAAUUCUGUCCAUCGGUGCACAGACGUUACUUUUACGUGUCCUGAUGAGGAAGAUCGGAAAUAAGAACACAGUGUUAUUGGGUUUGGGAUUUCAGCUGUUCCAGCUGGCCUGGUACGGCUUCGGCUCAGAACCAUGGAUGAUGUGGGCCGCCGGGGCGAUCGCAGCCUUGUCCAGCAUCAGCUUUCCUGCGGUGAGCACGCUGGUGUCAAGCUGCACGGAUCGUGACCAGCAGGGCGCCGUUCAGGGAAUGGUCACAGGAAUUCGUGGUCUUUGUAACGGACUCGGUCCGGCUAUGUUUGGAUUCAUAUUCUUCCUCUUUAAUGUGGAACUCCUCGAGCCGAACCACGUCACAUCUGACACUGAGAAGAAGUCUGUUAUUCCGGGUCCGCCCUUUCUGUUCGGUGCGUGUACGGUUGUGUUGGCUCUGCUGGUGGCCGUCUUCAUUCCCACACAGCACACAUCAGAGGUGAAGACCUGCAGCACUCGAGUCACCACUGAACCCGUAAUCGGCAUCCCGGUGACGAGUUCAGUUCCUGUGAGCGACGAGGACAACGAGCCUCUCUUACAGGACAGCAGCUUAUAAUCUACACAAGCUUUUUAUCCUAAACGUCUUCUUUUAAUUCCUGAUAGAGAACGUGCCUUCUUCGUAUUUUGGCAUAUUGACACGUACAUGCUGCUGUGCAUCUGAAUGUAAAGCGUCGUCGGCUUUCAAUAUAUUCACUAGACCUUUGACCUCAGAACGUCUACAGAAUGCAAUAAUAAUGUGAUGUGGCAGAUUCACAUUCAUCUGUUAGUUGAGUUAAGAGAAUAAACUGCACAGAAUGUCUAAUAGUCCUUGGGUCAGCGCAGCAGCUUUGAUAGAUGAUGUCAUUCAUCAGAUCACCAGCCGUUUAACACCCGUCUCUGCAGUCGUUGAUGUCAUCAUGACGGAGACCCUUAAAGAUCAGUCCAGUUCAUUUGAUCUUUUCUUCCCAGCCGUUCUAAACGGACUCACUUGCCUUUUUUAUGUGCUUACUUGAGUAGAAUGGCUUUUUAAAUGAAUGGUCAAACGAGUUUCACUUUUAUUACACACAAGAACUGAAUGAAGUCAUAUCUCCAGCAAUAACAGCCGUACGUCUGAAUGAAUCGCAUGUUCUGUCUGUUAUCACAGGUGUUUUUAACACAGCGAGGAGCUUUGAAAUCAUUUGGGCACUGAUUCUUAUUAUUAUUCAUACUUGAAGAUGAGUCGUGAGUGUAUUCAUGCAGUCGUUCUUGUGGUACAUGUGUUUUUUUAAUUGAACUGCACUUUGUUUUAUGUUACACAUGCCAUUCCUCAUGUCUGAGCAGGCCUUCUGUAAAUUGACGCUCAUUGGUUCAUAUUGAUGCGUUUGUUCAAUGAACACUGCAGUCAGUUUUUUUUAUUACAAGCCUUUGCAGAUUUAUUCAUUGAUCUAUGUUUCAAUAAACAAAAUCAUAUCCCAUUAUCGACAUGUGAC